AUGCUUCGCUACCACAAAGGUUUCUACAUUUUGUGGCACGAUGUCCCUUGGAACAGAGCUCUUGACGUCAAGAGUGUUCAUGCUAGACGACGCAGCUCCACCGUGGCCGUUCAAAUCGCAACAUCAAAAGAAAUCAUCAGCUCCCUUAAUAAGAAACUCAUGGUACAUGGUACAACUAACCAUCACAUAGACCUUAUUCAUCGAAUUGAAGCGGGUCCUCUGGAAGAUGAUGUCGAAGCUCAUACCUCCCCUUUGUCACAGAGGAUCACUGACGACGUAGUCCGUAAGCGAAUGACGGCUCAGAGCCAAUUCAGACUUCAGAGGUACUACGCCGGCGACGACAGUCCAGUGGUAGAUUCAAGAGGACAAGAUGAGAGCGACUUACAAAUUUUCAAUGCGGAAAGGGAGCUUCAAAAAUGUCGACAAACGACUGGCUGCUGCCAGAAACAUUUCUACGAGCCACAAUUUGCUUUAGGCGAAGCUUAUACAUUGAUGACACCUUUCUUAAUCACCAGAAACGAAAAACGUGAAGGGGUAUCGCGAUUCGCAGUACGGUGA